AUGAACAGGUCAUUUUUUACCAUUAAUAAAGACUGCACAGCUCAUAACCCUGUCUUUGAAAGGGUAAACAGACAUAUCUCACUUCCCCCAAUCAUCAACGCUGAUAAAAAAGCUAUCCUCAACAUUCUACGAGACCAUCAUUCAAUUGCACGGAUCUCAUGGCCUGAUUUUGAAGUAAAGUCGGCCACAUCAAGAGCCCCAAAUUCAACGUCAUUCACUUUCAAGUCAAAAUAUAGCACUAGCUCCUGGAAAACAGCUGUACUAACUGAUGUCGACGAUGGUAUUAUCAUACAUGAUGUACCCUAUCUGAAAGUUACUUGUUAUAUAAAAUGGACUAUAACAGAGGCUCAAGAUGUCUGGAAUAGCUCGCUGCGUUGCCUUCUCAUAUCCAGGCCACCAACCCCUCGAGGCAUGGACCGGACUUUUCUCGCAAAGAAUAGAAAGCUCGUGAACCUAGCUUUAAAGGGGAAAAAGAAGCCCCUCCCCGUAAAUAUCAACACAGAUAAGGAUGCCAUCCUUAGAAUCUUAUACGACCAUGAUCCCAUUGCACGAACCUCAUGGUGCCAUUAUGAAGUAUCGGAAUCUAGCUCAACAUAA